AUGCCGUCCCACUCCGCACCUGAGACCGAGCCCGCCGCCAAGCGCCAGCGCCUGGAGGACCGCAACGUCCUGGCCAUGAAGCCCCUCGUGCCGCCCGCCUGCGUGCUGGAGGAGCUGCCCGUUACCGACGAGGUUCACGACCUGGUGGACGCCACGCGCGCCGCCGUGUCGCGCAUCCUGCACGGCCAGGACGACCGCCUCGUGGUGGUCGUGGGCCCGUGCUCGAUCCACGACGUGGACGCCGCGAUGGACUACGCGAAGCGCCUCAAGGCGCUGGCCGACGAGCUCAAGGGCGAGCUGCUGGUCAUCAUGCGCACGUACUUCGAGAAGCCGCGCACCACCGUCGGCUGGAAGGGGCUCAUCAACGACCCGGACCUGGACCAGUCCUUCAGGAUCAACAAGGGCAUCCACAUCGCGCGCAAGCUGCUGCUGGACGUCAACGCGCUGGGGCUGCCCGUGAGCCUCGAGUUCCUGGACACCAUCUCGCCGCAGUUCACGUCCGACCUCAUCUCGUGGGGAGCCAUCGGAGCGCGCACGACCGAGUCACAGCUGCACCGCGAGCUCACGAGCGGUCUGUCGAUGCCUGUGGGCUUCAAGAACGGCACGGGAGGCAACCCGAAGGUGGCGGUGGACGCUGCGGUGGCCUCUUCGCAGCCCCACAACUUCUUGGGAUUGAACGAGCACGGCCUGGCGUCGAUUGUGCGCACCAAGGGCAACAAGGACUGCCACGUGAUCCUUCGUGGUGGAUCGAGCGGCCCCAACUACGAGCAGAAGUUCAUUGACGAGGCGGCGGAGAUGCUGGUCAAGGCCAAGCAGCCGUCCAAGAUCAUGGUGGACUGCUCGCACGGCAACUCCCGCAAGCUGCACGCCAACCAGCCCAAGGUGGCCAGCUACCUCGCGGGCAUCGUGGCGGAGGGAUACUCGAACCUGCUGGGCGUCAUGAUCGAGUCCAACAUCGUGGAGGGCAACCAGUCGCUUGGCGACGACCCCUCCAAGCUCGUCUACGGUAAGAGCAUCACGGACGCGUGCAUUAACUGGGAAGACACCGUCACGACGCUGAAGGAGCUCGCGGCCGCUGUCACCAAACGCCGUGAGGACGCCGCCAAGUAA